CUGAUGCGGCCCCGAAAGACCCCAAACAGCAACAGAGGCGGGUUCUGUUAACAGCGGAAGUGCCUCUACGAGCUACCGCUGCCUGCCCGGAUGCUGAACACCUUUCACAUUAAAGUCUUCAUCUGUAGUCAACCAUAACACAAGCAGCGGAGCGGGACACGUCUACGAUGGGUUUACUGACGAUCCUGAAGAAGAUGAAGCAGAAGGAGCGAGAGAUGCGGCUCCUGAUGUUAGGUCUGGACAACGCGGGGAAAACAACCAUCCUGAAGAAGUUUAACGGCGAGGACGUCAGCACCAUCUCCCCCACACUGGGCUUCAACAUCAAGACCCUGGAGCACAGAGGGUUUAAGCUGAAUAUGUGGGAUGUAGGAGGUCAGAAGUCGCUGCGUUCCUACUGGAGAAACUACUUUGAGAGCACAGACGGGCUGCUGUGGGUGGUGGACAGCGCCGACAGACUCAGACUGCAGGACUGCAAACAGGAGCUCAGUGCACUGCUAAAGGAAGAGAGGUUAGCUGGUGCAACACUGCUGGUAUUUGCAAACAAACAGGAUUUACCUGGAGCUCUGUCUAAGGAGGCGAUUCGAGAGGCUCUGGCUCUGGAUGAGAUUAAAAGCCAUCACUGGUGCAUCAUCAGUUGCAGUGCUGUGACGGGAGAGAACCUGUUAACUGGAAUGGACUGGAUGUUAGACGAUAUCUCUGCAAGGAUCUUCAAUGCGGACUAAGUGUGUGUUUAUAAAUCAGACAUUAAAACACAGCGGCCUCCUGCGUUUGGUGACAUGACUCCAGAAUAAUUUAGAAAAGCAGAAGUUAAAAAAAAAAUGAUUCAGAUAGACAGACAUUUGAAACUAAUGUAUUAUAUAAUUUAAGCAAUGUAAUGAGUUUUAUACUUUGUUGGUGCCUGACUCGAAUGUUAUCGACACAAUAAAAGAUCACUAAUGCACAGAA